AUGAACAUCUGCACCAAGCCUCCCAAUAAGAUAGCAGCAGAGAGCCUGGGCCAGGCUGCUGCAGAGGGGCAGGCCCAGCGUGCUCGAAGGAAUGGCUGGAGCUGGCCUCUGCACCUCUUCCAGGUCACUGCCUGGCUGCUCUACCUCUUCUAUGCCCUGGUUGGCUUUGGGAUCCUGGUGCCUCUCCUGCCCCACCACUGGCUGCUGGCUGGCUAUGUUUGCCCAGGGGUCUGCUUUCUCUACCAUCUCAUUGUCCAUCUCAGUGCAGUCUCCAUUGACCCUGCAGAUGCAAACGUCAGAGACAAAAACUACCUGGGGCCUCUGGCCACCUUCACUCGUGGCCAACAUGCACAUAUCAUUGAAAACCACCAUUGCCAUGUCUGUGAUGUGGAUGUGAGUGCCAAGUCCAAGCACUGUGGGACCUGCAACAAGUGUGUCUGUGGCUUUGAUCACCACUGCAAGUGGCUCAACAACUGUGUGGGAGAGAGGAACUACUGGCACUUCCUGAACUCGGUGCUCUCAGCCCUCCUGGGCCUUGGCCUCCUGCUGCUGGUCGCUUGCUACAUCUUCCUGGAGCUCUUCCUGGACCCGGGGGUGCUCCGCUCUGACCAGCACUUUGAUGCUCUGAAGAACCACACAGACUGCUGGUUUGUGUUCCUCCCUGCAGCUCCCCUGGUGACUCCAGCCUGGGCCAUACUGCUCACUGCUGGGGUUUUCAUCCUGCUCAGCCUGCUGACAGUGGUCCUGCUUGGCCACCUCCUGACCUUCCACAUCUAUCUCAUGUGGAACAAGCUGACCACCUAUGAGUACGUCCUGCAGCAGCGCCUCCAGCAGCUGGGGAAAGAGGAGGAGGCUUUGCUCUGGCCCAGCCUGGCUGUGCAGCCCCUGGCAGUCCAGCAGAGGAAUCCUCAGCAGCAAGACAAAGGAGCUCGACCGGAGCGGGAGACCCCUGCUCAGCCCUGCACGGUGCUUGGCACCCCUGGUACCCCCGGCCGCCGCCAGCCUGCCGCCCGCCGGCCGCAGCCGAGCCCGCGGUGCGCUGCGGACGCGCGGUUGCUGCGGUGA